AGAGAAGCUUAAACCAAAGGCGUGGCUGCGUGCAGGUGGACCGUUGCUGCUCUCCAUCUCAACUUAACUUCAAACAGGACUUUUUCUUUCUCCUCCGAGGGACUAAAUCAGCGCAAACAUGCCUAAAUGCCCUAAGUGCCAAAAGGAAGUGUACUUUGCGGAGAGAGUGACGUCACUUGGCAAAGACUGGCAUAGACCCUGUCUGAAGUGUGAGAAAUGCAACAAGACCCUGUCGGCUGGCUCACAUGCAGAGCAUGAAGGGAAGCCCUACUGUAACAACCCAUGCUACUCUGCACUCUUUGGACCCAAAGGUUUUGGACGUGGUGGAACUGAGAGCCACACAUUCAAAUAGGCCAAUGCACAAGUUUACUCACUCUGUGUGCUUGUUUUUAGAGGAGCUCAAUGUUUUGUCACUAUUUUAUCUGCAUAUUGUUAAACCAAAGACAAAAUGAACCAAGGCAUGUUAUGUUUUAGAAAGUACUAAUUUGUAUAAUCUACAACCCCUGUACAAUUAAACUGAACAUUAUUUACAUUAA